AUUCUGGCUGCAUCGUGGUUUCCUGCUGGUUCUGGGGGAGCAUCUGCUCUGCUGCCCUUUGGAGCUUAUACAGUUUGCCCACACAGGCAGACUGAACUCCAGACUGACUCUGAGAAGGACGAACAGAAGGUUAUCAUAUUUAAUACCUCUAUCAUGAAGAUGCUGACUGCGUUUCUGCAUGUGUGUCUCAUCAUUGCUGUGACACAAAGUCAUCCUCUUUUUGAGGAAAUUGGGUCAGGUGACUCAAGUAAUGCAGGUGUUGGUUCGCCAGGAGCAACGGGAGACCCACCAUUUGCAACAGAUGUUCCAGAUGAAACAACAACUGUGAUAGCUGACUCAACUACUCAAGAGAGAAUCUAUUAUGACUCAGAGGAAGAUCUAGGAUUUCUGAGAGACAAACCAACUGUGAUAGCUGACUCAACUAAUGAUGAUGGAUACUUUUAUGACUCAGAUGAAGAACUAGGACAUCCGAGAGUUUGGAGAGGCAGGUCUGAUGAUUCAUCUAAUGGAGAUGGAGAAAAUUCUGACACAUCGGAAGAUGCACCAGAUGCAGCAGAGGAAACAGGCGGGUCUGAUGAUUCAUCUAAUGGAGGUGGAGAAAGUUCUGACACAUCAGAAGAUGCACCAGAUGCAGCAGAGGAAACAGGCGGGUCUGAUGAUUCAUCUAAUGGAGGUGGAGAAAGUUCUGACACAUCAGAAGAUGCCCCAGUUGCAGCAGAUGCAGAUGAUGCCUGAAACAAAGACACCACCAUAUCAAGACACAUGAAGUUUUUUAAUA